UGCAACUCUAGCUCCACAUCCGCAAACGCCCCAAGUCCCAGUGUGCUCCUCGUCACAGCAACAACUCUGUCGACGCCCCGCAUCAUGGCACAUCACCAAUCGACGCUUUCCAAGUUCGCCAUAGUACUUGGCACAUUUCUAUCGGGUACCAUGCUCAGCCUUUCGGCCAUCGCAAUACCGGUAUAUCUCGACACGCUUGGGACCCCUGCACAGCUUUACAGCAGCUGGGCGCGGACCUAUCACUACGGUCAUCUGGGUUUGCCCGCAAUGUCUAUAACGACAUGUCUCUUAUAUGGGAUCGUGGCGCAGAAGCACAAGUCUGCCAACAGGCAAUGGCGAAGAUAUGUGCUGGCCGCGCUCGUCACGGUGACUAUGGUGCCAUUUACAUGGGUCUUCAUGACGAGCACGAAUAAUACGCUGUUUGGGCUGCAUGCAGAAUCGGAGGCCGUGGGGGGUAGCUUCAGUGACGCACGGGAACUGGUGGUACAUUGGAGCAGACUACAUCUUUUACGGUCUCUGUUCCCACUGGCUGGUGCGGUGAUCGGUAUUGGUGGCUUGUAGAAUUGGAUAUUGUGUAUUAGUGACCAUGGCCUGCCCAGCUUGGGGAAACGGUAUACCGCCAGAUAGUCAUCAUAAGCCUCAGAAGAACUCGGCAGUCCUAAAAUGAGGUAGUACAAAUAUGCAAGUGCUAGUUAGUCGAGGGAAUGCUGCUCUUUCAACCGUCAGAAACCAUCUUGAAAAGAUCUUGCCGAUACAGUGACGUUGUAACGAGACCCUCUCACGACCUGGCCAUCCACCCGACGGAUUACAAUUGUUCUUCGUCGGCUCUC